AUGGUCCGCAACUCGUUCGGCAUCCUCGCGGUGGCCCUGUGCCUGGCGGCCUUCUGGGCCAUUUCCUCGACGGCGACGCCCGAGGCGCAGCUGACGCUGCCGAGUCCGGCGGACAUCGAGAAGCUCAUCUGCGAAGCCGCGUCGCAGAAGCAGGUCGAGGACAAGGCCGUUGACGAGAUCUGCCAGGAGAAGUUCCCCAACAUCAAGUUCAACCCCGACUGCAAGACAGACGUCGAGGCCGUCUGGGACGCGGCGGUGGCCAAGUGCCCGCAGGCAGAGGUUGAAGAGGCCGAGGACAAGG